CUUGAACCCAACCCAUCUGUGGCUUUCUUACUGUCGCUACUGCUGUUCAUAUUACAACCUAUCCCACUCAACAAUGUCCUCCGGUCCUAUCAGUGAUCAAGUCAAGGAUGCCGUGUCUACUACUGUAGACACUGUUACUGAGGCAGGUGCUACUGCUGCCACCAAAGCCAAAACCUAUGUCGAUGAGACUGUUGCUGAGACCUGCAAGGCCAGCACUGGCACUAAUGACAAUCCAGUUGAAAAGCUCAAGCGAUUGCUUUCCUUCCCAAACAAAAACAAGGGCAGUAAGCCUGUUGAAGCAGCAACCCCUUCUGAUGAGGAGACUCAUGCCACUAGUGCUCCUACCCAAGGUUCCGAACCUGACGCUCCUUGCUCUCCUACCCGCACUACUGCCAGUCCUCCUCCUGCUGAGAAGAAGCGUAAUUCGUUCAACCCCUUUUCUUGGGGCAAACCAGCUGCUGCCCCUGCUACCGAGGCUCCUACCGAGACUACUGCUUCUGCUACAGAGACUCCUACAGAGACUCCUGCCGAAGCUUCUGCCGAAGCUUCUGCUGAAGUGCAAUCCACUCCACCACCCUCGGAGACUCCUGAGCCUGCGAGCACUACUGCCACUCCCAAGUCUGAGAAGCGCCGCACAUUUACAUUCUUCUCAAAGAAGCCUUCUUCUGAACCUGCCUCCACAUCUCCCAUCGAUUGUCCAGAAAAGUCUACCAGUGACUCUGAGGAUAGAAAGAACUCUAUAGGCAACAUAUUCUCUGGUCUAUACAAGAAAAAGGCUACCACUCCUGUUCCUACCACCGACACUGUUACUGAUGCCACCCCCAAUGCUUCUGGUGAACCUUCUGUAAGUGCUGAGGCUGCUCAAGCCGUUCAAGAGGCUAUUGACGCAGUUGCUGCCGCUGAUGCUGCUGAAGCUGCUACAAAGGCUGAAGCUGCUGCUGCCGAGGCUGCUGCAAAGGCAGAGGCGGAAGCUGCAGAGGCUGCUACAAAGGCUGAGGCUGCUGCUGCCGAGGCUGCCGCAAAGGCAGAGGCAGAGGCUGCUGAAGCUGCUGCAAAGGCCGAAGCUGAAGCAAAGGCAGAAGCAGAGGCUGCUGCUGCAGAAGCUGCCGCAAAGGCAGAGGCAGAAGCUACAGAGGCUGCUGCAAAGGCAGAAGCUGAAGCAAAGGAAAAGGCAGAGGCUACUGCAAAGACUGCAACCACAGAGGCUACUGCAGCUGCAACCACAGAAGCUGCUGCAACAGAAACCACAGAGGCUGCUGCUUCUGGAGUCUCAUCAGGAGCAGAGGCUCCAGCCAAAUCUUCCAGCAAGAUAUUUUCAUUCUUGACAUUUGGCAGAAAGUCCAAGUCUGCCGUUUCUACUCCAUCUACUACAUCGGUGGCUACUGGAGAAGGUGCACCCACUGUCAUUGAAGAGUUGGAGGCUGUUACCGAAGAAAACACCACUGUUGUUGAAGAAAAUACUGAUGUUGUUGAAGAAGUCGGUUCUAUUGAGCAGAUCAAGGAAACUAUUUCCGAGAAAGUGGAAACUGUUACUGAAAAAGUCGAAGCCUGCACUAGUGCUGCUAAAGAGGCUGCAGGUAAUGUUCUUGAUAUAAAAGAUCAAGCUCCAGGGACUACGGUUGAUGCCGUGACAAAGAAAGUUACCGAGGCCAUCAAUACUGAAGGUGAAUCUAAGAAGGAAAAUACUUUUUCCCUUUUAAAGUUCUUCAAGGGCAAAAAGUCGUUGUUUGCAAAGAAUGCAGAGGUUGAGUUACCCGCAGCUGCUCCAGUUACUGGAACAACUGCACCGGCGAUUGCAGUUUAAUUUGGUAUUUGGGCAUGUUUUUUGUUUUGCCUUGAGUAGAGCGGUAGUGAAUCUAGCAUGAUUUGAACAAAGGAUCAGAAAGCUGAUCAUGUUCGGUAAUUGCACUGAGCAAAAUAGCACUUUGCAGUGUGGAGGUUUGAAUGAAUUCUAUUUGUUUUGUUUUAUUUUUACGG